UGCAUUAUUUUCGGGAAGAGGGACGUUACUUGACAGGAAGGGUUAGAAAGAUUAUGAAUUUGCUCUCGACCAGAAGGGAAAGAAACUCGUCGGACAAUUUUUUUUUCGUUUGGAAUAUUCCCAUACCUACGGAUUUUGUCAAGAUUAAGUCAGUCUUUAUAGUUUCACAACGGAUAAUUCUAUUCUGGAUCUAUGAACAAAACGAUAGGGAAGUAACGUUAGACUUGGAUAGCUCGCUAGAGUCUGGAUGCCAAGUCCGGGGGUGAUGGAGCUGGGUAGGCAACUGUGUGGGAAGAUGAGGAGGUCGAGGAGAGCCGAGGGUCCCGUCACUGUGCCCAUGAGGGGUCUGGAGAUCCAUUUUUACCUGCCAGAUAUGCCGCAGCUGGGAUUCCUCAAAGACAGCUUCACCGCCGAGGAACUGUGUGUCGAGGCCGCCACAAUAUGCUAUAUCUCCCCCCUGUGCCAUAAUCUGUUUGGUCUGUAUGAUGAGAGCAGGACUCUGUGGUACGCUCCCAACCACCUCUUCAAGAUCACGGACGAGACCUGCAUCAAGCUGCACUACCGCAUGAGGUUUUACUUCACUAACUGGCAUGGGACCAGUGAGAGUGAGUCUCCAGUGUGGAGACAUUGUAUCAGUAAACUGAGAGGAGGACUCAGCCCACAGAAGAUCCCAGAGGGUACACCCUUACUGGACUCUGCCUCCCUCGACUACUUGUUCUUCCAGGGCCAGAAUGAUUUCCAGAAGGGUCUGGCUGUGGUGCGUAGCCAGCAGAGUGAGGCGGAGCAGCAUGAGAUAGAGAAUGAGUGUCUGGGCAUGGCUGUACUGGCCAUCACUCACUACGCUAUGACCAAAGAAAUACCUCUCUCUACUGCUUCCAAUGAGAUCAGCUACAAACGUUUUAUCCCGGAGAACCUGAACCGGAGCAUUAAACAGCGCAACAUCCUCACCCGGCUCCGCAUCAACAACGUCUUCAAGAACUUCCUGAAUGAGUUCAACAGUCGCACCAUGCAGGACAGCAACAUCACGCUGUACGACCUGAAGAUCAAGUACCUGUCCACCCUGGAAGGCCUCACCCGGGGCCUUGGGAGGGAGGUGUUGGAGCCCAGGGCCCUGGUACUUACCCAGGAGGGAGAGACAAACGGGGGGCUGAGCCAUGGACCUGAGCCCUCCCUGGCCAUAGAGGUCCAGGUUACUGGGACCACAGGGAUCUCCUACAGGAGGAAGCCCCCUAAUAAUACCCUGAUGCUGAAAGAGAAGACAAAGUCCAAGAAGAACAAGCUUGAGGGCAAACAGAAGAAGGACAAGAAGAGCGACGCCAGCGACGACUGGGUGACGUUCUGUGACUUUCACGAGAUCACACACAUCGUUAUCAAAGAGUCCUCUGUCACCAUCUUCAGACAGGAUAACAAGAAGAUGGAGGUGCAGCUGGAGUUUAGAGGCGAGGCGCUGGCGUUCGCUGCUCUGGUGGACGGGUAUUUCCGUCUGACGGUAGAUGCCCAUCACUACCUGUGUACAGAGGUGGCUCCUUCUUCUGUGGUGCAGAACCUACAGAACUGCUGUCAUGGACCUAUCUGUACGGAGUAUGCCAUCCAGAAGCUUCGUCAGGAGGGCAACGAGGAGGGAACCUACGUCCUGCGCUGGUCCUGUACUGACUACCGUAACAUCAUCAUGACCGUGGUCUGCAAAGAGUUGGAUCUGUGUGAGUCGAGGCAGGUGCAUCUGUAUAAGAACUUCCAGAUUGAGGUGGGUUCUGAGGGAUUCCGUCUGUUUGGGACCGAGACCUACAGAUCUUCUCUCAGAGAGCUCCUAGACCACCUGGCAAGACAGAACCUCCGUACGGACAACCUCCACUUCCAGCUCAAACGCUGCUGCCCCCCACAGCCCAGAGAGGUGUCCAACCUGCUGGUAGUAACUAAGGAACGAGUGCUGGUCCCCCAGACACCCCUGCAGGAGAGCCAACUCAGCUUCCACAGGAUCCUCAAGGAGGAGAUCUUACAGGGAGAGCACCUGGGGCUGGGUACCCGGACGAACAUCUAUGCUGGAGUACUGAAGGUGAAGAGUGCGGAGGAUGAGGAUGCUGGAUACUCUUCCUCUCAGGACGUCAAAGUAGUGCUGAAGGUGCUGGGGUCCGGACACAGGGACAUCUCUCUGGCCUUCUUUGAGACAGCCAGUAUGAUGCGGCAGGUCUCCCAUAAGCACAUCGCCCUGCUCUAUGGAGUCUGUGUACGCCACCUGGAGAAUAUCAUGGUGGAGGAGUUUGUCCAGUUCGGUCCGUUGGAUCUGCUCAUGCGAAGACAACACAGUCCUCUCGGUACACCAUGGAAGUUCCAGGUGGCCAAACAACUGGCCAGUGCUCUCAGCUACCUGGUAAGACAACACAGUCCUCUCGGUACACCAUGGAAGUUCCAGGUGGACAAACAACUGGCCAGUGCUCUCAGCUACCUGGUAAGACAACACAGUCCUCUCGGUACACCAUGGAAGUUCCAGGUGGCCAAACAACUGGCCAGUGCUCUCAGCUACCUGGUAAGACAACACAGUCCUCUCGGUACACCAUGGAAGUUCCAGGUGGCCAAACAACUGGCCAGUGCUCUCAGCUACCUGGUAAGACAACACAGUCCUCUCGGUACACCAUGGAAGUUCCAGGUGGCCAAAGAACUGGCCAGUGCUCUCAGCUACCUGGUAAGACAACACAGUCCUCUCUGUACACCAUGGAAGUUCCAGGUGGCCAAACAACUGGCCAGUGCUCUCAGCUACCUGGUAAGACAACACAGUCCUCUCGGUACACCAUGGAAGUUCCAGGUGGCCAAACAACUGGCCAGUGCUCUCAGCUACCUGGUAAGACAACACAGUCCUCUCGGUACACCAUGGAAGUUCCAGGUGGCCAAACAACUGGCCAGUGCUCUCAGCUACCUGGUAAGACAACACAGUCCUCUCGGUACACCAUGGAAGUUCCAGGUGGCCAAACAACUGGCCAGUGCUCUCAGCUACCUGGAGGAUAAGAAGCUGGUGCAUGGCUUUGUGUGUACCAAGAACAUCCUGCUGGCCAGAGACGGAGUGGACAGUGAGGGAGGACCCUUCAUCAAGCUCAGCGACCCCGGCAUACCCAUCACUGUGUUGACCAGAGAAGAGUGUGUGGACCGGAUCCCAUGGAUCGCUCCAGAGUGUGUGAAGGACUCUACCAACCUGAGUGUAGCCGCCGAUAAGUGGGGCUUCGGCACAACACUCUGGGAGAUCUGCUAUGACGGAGAAGUGCCCCUCAAAGACAAGAAACUCACUGAGAAGGAGAGGUUCUAUGCAGCGGAGUGCCAGUUGGCUACCCCAGACUGCAAAGAGCUGGCUGAACUGAUGACUCACUGCAUGACCUACGACCCCCACAAACGCCCCUUCUUCAGGGCCAUUGUCAGAGACAUAGACACGCUGGAGGAGCAGAACCCCUCUAUCAAGCCGGCGCCCACUCAGGAGGUCGACCCCACUCUGUUUCAGAAGAGGUUCCUCAAGAGGAUCCGCGAUUUGGGGGAGGGUCACUUUGGCAAGGUGGAGCUGUGUCGGUAUGACCCCAGAGGGGACCGGACAGGGGAGCUGGUAGCAGUGAAGAGUCUCAAACCAGAGAACAGGGAGGAGCAGAGCAACAACCUUUGGAGUGAGAUAGGAAUCCUUAAAGAACUCUACCACGAGAACAUCGUCAAGUACAAGGGCAUCUGCCAGGAGGAGGGAGGCAGAGCCAUCAAGUUGAUCAUGGAGUACCUGCCUGCUGGCAGUCUGAAGGAGUACCUGCCCCAUAACAGAGGACAGACCAGCCUGAAGACCCUGCUUAGCUACGCUGUCCAGAUCUGUCAGGGAAUGGACUAUCUGGGAUCUCGGAAUUACAUUCACCGGGAUCUGGCAGCCCGGAAUGUUCUGGUGGAGAACGAGAGCACGGUGAAGAUUGGAGACUUCGGCCUGACCAAGAGCAUCAAGGGCAACGAGGGAUAUUACACAGUCAAAGAUGACCUGGAAAGCCCUGUGUACUGGUAUGCCCCUGAGUGUUUGGUCCACUGUAAGUUCUACCUGGCCUCUGAUGUCUGGUCCUUCGGUGUCACCAUGUACGAGCUGCUCACCUACUGUGAGAACGCCAUCAGCCCCAUGCCGGUGUUCCUGAAGAUUAUUGGUCCUACUCGGGGCCAGAUGACAGUGACGCGAUUGGUCAAGGUGCUGGAGGAGGGGAAGAGGCUGCCCCGUCCUGAUAGUUGUCCUGGAACGGUGUAUGAGCUGAUGAGGAAGUGCUGGGAGAACACCCCCGCGAUGAGGAUCACUUUCAAGAGUCUCAUUGACGAGUUCACCCGCAUGCUCACCAACAGCAGCCUGUAAAACAUGGCAGCCUUACCUAUCACACAGACAAUCUCAGGAGUAAAGAGUGAAAGGUCAAGGGUCACAGACCAUGGUGACCUGGACUAAAAACCCACAUGUAUCGGAAUCAGUGCUACAAGACACUUUAUUUCACACUGUCGCUGACUUCCUCUAUAUUUUCACUUUUUGUUUUUUAAGAUGCUCUACUAUAGAUCACAUAAUAUAUGGAUGAAUACAUACAUUGCGUAUAGAAUGAAACACAUCCCAACACGUAGCUUUGACCCCUCACUGUAUGUGACACUGACCCUAGUCACGUUGACAGAUGAAUGAGCCCACUAGCCAACCACUGAGCUGACCAUCGGCUGAUAUUCCACCUGGGAGCUGCCGCAGUGUGACCUUUCACCUUUUUAUUAGAGCGCAUCAGCUCUGCCUUUUUCAUAUUGCUACAUGCAGUAUGUACUCUGUGUGUGGACUUGUAUCAUAAUCAUUAAACCCAGAAGGAGAGGGGUCCUUAGUUGGACCUGUGUAAGAUAGACCUUUUCUCUGUAAAGGAUCAUGGUAUAUGUGAGCUCCUUUGUGAGGGAUUGCUGCGGCCACUGUGAAGAUGACACUGUGAAAAAGCCAACCACAUGUAUUUAAGUGACCAGGAUUCUGACAUUCACACCCUGCCCCAUUGGACCAGGGACUGCAUGGAUCCAAGCCACCUCUCUGGGAGUGGUGAAAGAUGAGUGGGAUACAGUAUACUGUAGCAGUGGGUUGGAUUGCAUUAGGGAGAAUGGAUGGGUGAUGACAGUAUCAGUCAAGCCCAGACAGCUGCACCUCCCCCUUUUAAGACUGAACCUGUUGCAGCUCCUCUUUAAACGCAGAACCCUGGAUGGAAUACUGUAGAACCACCUCGGAACUAGAACCAGCCGAAUAACUUUCUCUCUGGUGUUUCUAUCAUCAUGCGAUGUUCCACGUUCUGUUGUCAACGCUCGUGCACGUAACCCUUGUGGUGGGGUCAGCAUGAAAGAAGAGCCUAUAAACAAUCUGAUAUGAGACCAGUUAACAGGUAAAACCACAGAAAUAGAAUUUGUGGAACAUGUUAUACCUGUGAGGGGACACUUGAGGGCAGUAUAGUGUUACAUAUUUUAAUCCCAAAAUUUUCUGUACUCUGCUCAGAUUUCUAAACAGCUUAAGUAUAGCCAUAAUGUGUACGUCAGAUAUUGCAUGUCUUUUAUUGAAAUUAUUAUUUUUUUAAUUCUACAGAAUGACAGAUUGUGUGUGUGGGUGUGUGGAUGGAUGGACAGAAGGAAGGAGACAAAAGAGAAACAUGCUGACUGCACCGGGCACGCGCAUGUGUGUGUACCAUCGCACGCAUUGUUGAUUUUUGUCCAGCCGCAGGUUGAAAUAUCAAAACGAACUCUGAACCAACUAUAUUAAUUUAGGGACAGGUCAAAACACAUGAACAUUUAGCUAGUUAGCCUGCUGGGAUAUAAAAAUUAGGUUGUUAUUUUACUGAAAUGCACAAGGUCCUUUUUUUCCCCCUGGAUCUUUGUAGAAUUUUGACCCAUUUUGAGUCACACAAAAUCGUGUGUUCUCUACUCUGACAAUUCAUCCACAGAUAAAAUGGGACAUUUUGUUUGUUUCUGGUAAUCUCUC